UUUCACUUUCAAAUUCGGAUCGGCAGCAUGACAUUCCGUUUGGUUUUCCUCGUGAUUGUGCUCGUGGCGACCGCCGCCGCCACCCACCAUUGCACCAAAGCCAACUGGAACGCAGUGGAAGAUGCUGUCCACGACAGUCCAUUGAGCGCAGCCUGUGCUGCGGACAUGGACAUGCGGUUGGACGACUUUUUGCACCAUAAGCAGCCCACAGUUGAGCAAACCCAGGCGUUCGACGACAGUGACAACUGCAAGGACUUGUACGAGUUGAUGCAGUCCGUGGCACUGGACCAGAAUUGCGCGGAACUAGAUGUGUUCAAGCUCAUUACGUGGGAGAUGGUGGUGGCGAUCAUGGACGUGGCGGCAUACCCCAAGGCCGCGGAGGCAUGCAACAAGGAGGAGGUGAAGCAAGCCGUGGAACCUCUCACGUACAACCCAAACUUGAUGGCGUGCAUGUCUUCCACGGGACUGUACGCGUCCAUUCUGACCAAAUCGACGCCCUCGGUGUCCCAGUGGGACGAUGUCGCGAACAACACAGCGUGCAGCAACUUUUACAACGACGCCCAAGCGGUGCUCAAGUCGUUGCCCCAUUGCUCGAUGGAAGGACCCGGUGGGCGCGACAUUCAUGCCUUGGAAGGCGUAUCGUUUCCCAUCUUUGUCAAGUGGUUGCAAGUCCUGACUGUGAUCCACAAGGAGCACUUGGCCUCGGGCGUGAACACUGCUAUGAUGUCAUUGUGGGGUGUCCAGACCACUGCUUUAUCCCACGAAGGCAAAGGCCAAGGGGCUGUGAUUGCGCAGUCGAUGUUCACCGGGGCAGUCAUGGCGUUCCUGGGGAUGUUCAUUUACGCUAGCACGCGACGGUCUGGUGAAGAAACUCGUCGACUGCUCGCGUCACGCAUCUAGUGGCGAUGUCACAGCGUUUAUUUUGUAAAGACAUGUAAUAAUGUGAAGCUUGUUCACAGUGC